AUGCCGAGAGACAAAGCUAUGGACAAGAUCUCGGCAUCUAAGAAAGCAGCCGCCCAUCUUCGCGCCGCUGUUCUGGGCAAGCGGACUGCCGAGGAGUCGCCUGCCAAACAAGCGUCUAAAGCGUCGACCACUUUGCAGGUCAAAAAGGACUUAGAGGCGGCCAGGAAACAGAUCUUGGAGCUGGAGCAGUCCGUUAAAGACCUCAAAGAGGAAAUGGCGCCUCUAAAGGAUUCAGACAAAGAGGCCGAGGGACUCCGCGAGCGGGUUAACAAGCUCAAGGGCCACCUGGCCAGCCAAAAGGCGGACCUCUCACAGCAAUAUACUGAGAAGGCCGAGGAGGAGAAGGCGGCUCUCGUCCAGGAUAUGAUGGAAGACAGCACUGCCAUCAUGAAGAUAACCUGGGCUGCUCUCGUCCCUGAUGCCGAUUAUGAAAAAUGGGAUCGCCAAUUUGUCGCCUGCUCUGAUGAAUUUAAUAAACAAAUCAUGGGGGAAGCAAGCGGCGAUGAGGAGGCUGAGGGCGAGGAGUCCGACUCCACUGCUGGAGAGUUGGACCAGGAGGAGGCGGUUGGUGAGGAGGGGCCGGAGCAGGAGGUAGUGAUUACGGAGAAGGAGUUGUCCCGGUCUAGGUCCGAAGGUCAGGACCAAGCGGUUGUUGGUGCACAACCUCCUGCUUAG